AUGGCGAAACGAAGAUUCCUUUCACUUGAGCGUCGAUUAGAGCGUCAGCAGACUCUCAAAGAGGAUUAUGUUAAGUUCAUGCAAGAAUAUUUGAUGUUAGGUCAUAUGAGUCGUGUCGACAACUUUGAUAAUAUCACACCGCACUAUAUAAUACCUCAUCAUUGCAUAUUGCGGCCUCAAAGUACCACAACAAAAUUGCGCGUCGUAUUUGAUGCAUCUGCACGCACAUCAUCGGGUCGAUCACUUAAUGAAAUCUUAAUGGUGGGACCUACAAUUCAGCAGGAUCUUAUUUUGACAUUAUUGACAUUUCGUUUACAUCGCUAUGCACUGACUGCGGAUAUAUCAAAAAUGUAUCGACAGUUUGUAGUUGAUCCAAGAGAUCGUAAUUUUCAAUUAGUUAUUUGGAGAAAUACUGUUAAUGAACCUCUGCAACUUUUUCAGCUCAACACAGUAACUUACGGAAUGUCAGCAGCACCAUUUCUGGCCAUCAGAAGCCUGACUUACCUUGCAAAUGCGUAUCAGAAGGAGAUGCCAAUUGGAGCUUCAGUUUUGAGCAAUGACUUGUAUGUUGAUGACUUGCUAACGGGAGCAGACACAAUUGAGGAGCUUUGCAUCAAAGUAUCACAAGUGACUAAGAUAGCAGUAAAUGCAGGAUUACAAUUGGCAAAAUGGAGCUCCAACCACAAAAAUUGGGUAAACUCAAGUGACGAAUACCAAAUUCUUUUAAACGAAGAUGAUAUUACCAAAACUAUCGGUUUGGCGUGGAGGCCACCAGAUGACGUUUUUUAUUAUUAA